AUGUCUACAACCACCACAACUGAGAUUUCUCAGACGGUCGCUGCUCGUUUCGAGAUCAAGGACUUGGUCGAGUUCGACCCGAAUAAGGUCUACGGCGACUGGCGAGAUGAGUUCCACAAGAAUGGCUGCGUCCUGAUCAAGAAUGUCAUCAGCAAGGAGCGCGCUCAGUACUACUGCGAUAAGCAGAUUGAGUGGCUCAAGAAGUUCGAGCUGGGCUUUGACGAGAAGGACCCCAGCACAUGGACUGCGGACCACCUCCCUGUCAGCUUCAAGGGCAGCAUGUACUACGGCUACGGUGCCACCCAUGAAAAGAUGGCCUGGGAGGCUCGAACCGAGCCCAAGGUUGUCGAGGUCUUUGAGAAGCUCUGGGAGACCAAGGAGCUUCUGUGCUCUUUCGAUGGCCUCAACGUCUCUAUGCCGAACCGCAAGGAUAUUUCUUGGAGCCCUUGGCCCCACUGUGAUCAGAACCCCGAGCGCAAGGGCAUGCAAGCUGUGCAGGGUCUUCUGAACUUUGCCCCCAACGGACCCAAGGAUGGUGGUCUCAUGCUCAUGAAGGGUUCUUCCAAGCUCUUUAACGAGUUCUUCUCUCACAAGCGAGAGUCCUCUGACCACGAGGAUGCUCCUCCUCCUGAGAUCAAGUACAUGGAUCUCUUCAUUUUCAGCGAGAAGGACGUCAAGUGGUUCGAGGAGAGAGGCUGUGAGAUGUACAAGGUGAACAUGGAGCCUGGUGACUUUGUCCUCUGGGAUUCUCGCACAAUGCACUAUGCCCGCUUCCCUGAGGGUGACCAGAUCCGCCACGUUCAGUAUGUUUGCAUGACACCACGAAAGUUUGCCACAGAGGAAGCUUUAAAGGCAAAGGCCCACUGCUUUUUUACAAAUACUGGCACCACGCACUGGCCUCACUGCAAUAUCCGCAUGGCCCAGGAGAAGCCCAUGAGGAACGGCGAACUCUGCCCCAAAUACCGCACAGAACCCUUUGAGAAGCCUGAAGUAACAGAUCAGAUCUUGAAAUUGGCAGGCGUUAAGUCCUAUGACGAGUGA